AUGAAAAAUAAAAAUAUAUGUGACGAUAGUUCGUCAUGCAGUGAUUAUUCAAAAGUAUUGUCACCGUUUGUACUUAAUAAUUCUCCACAUCAAUGUCAAGGAUACUUGAGAAAUUGCUGGAAGGUUUCAAUAAAUGAUAUUUGUUUAUCGGAAAAUCAAUCAAAUAGAAGAUAUCAAGCUUUUAAAAAUGAUGAUGGACAAAGCAUUGGCUCAUGGACAAAUAAAUCAAAUUAUGAAGCAGAAAAAUGUGAUAUUUGUGCUUGUUAUUGUGAUAAUGAAUUUAACAUCAAUUCAAUUAAUAAAUUUAGUCUACAAGAAGUACGAGCAAAACAUGAUCAAGGAGUUGUUACAGGAAUAAAAUUUGAUAUUGAUGGUGACACAAUUGUCUUAAAAAUACGAGUUGGUAUUUUUAUAAAUGGAACUGUUGAUGCUAAUCAACAAAGUUGGGAUUCAAAUUAUGUAUCAACAUUUAAUCCAGGUACUUUACCACCAUACUCAUUAAAUUCAACUGAUCAACAAUAUUCUUCUCACAAAAAUAAUCAUCCUUACAAAACAGUAAGACUAGAUUACAAUUGGAGAAAUAUGUAUCUUGAUAAUUUAGUAGCACCACCAGGAAAAUUAAUUCAAGGAGUUAAAUUUAUUGAAUGUUCUGAUGGAAUUUCGAUUGGAAUACUAGCAACAAGUAUUAAUGAAGAAAAUUUACAACUUAUUCCUGAUACUGCUGAAUGGUGGUCUAUUUCAAAUUGUUUUUUAGCAUCCAUUUCUAAACCAAGAAUGGCUCUGAUAAACAAAAAAAAUUCAUACGUAACAUUUGAAAUAUCUGAUUGGCAAUUGGAUGCUAGUCAAACAAUUAUUCCAUUUAUUGAUGCUCAACCAGUAAUAACAAGUCCAUCAGUACCACUUUCUGGAAUUACAAUUCAUUACAAAACACAGGAUAAAUCUGGUGGUUUUAUUGGACUACAAAUACAACCAUUUAAUCCUUCUUAUUUUAUGGAUGAAGAUAUUUUAAGCAAUAAUAUUGAUAAGUAA